AUGGCGAUCCCCACGGUCGCACCCCUACCCUCAUUUCCAUCGGCCGGUGCGCGUGAAAGUCUAUCGCCAUCUCAACUAGCGACGCUAUACGCCAAAGUAUCAAAUGCACUAGAGGCUACGCUCGCGUUACCACCUGAAAAGAGGGAUACGUCCCAGACUGUCGCGUUCAUAACAUCUUACGCCCGAGAUGGCGCACAGGAGACCUUACAGACUUUGAUCUGCGAAUCUUCUUCGUACAACUCUCGCGAAACAAAGCUCGUUCGAUCGCGAGUGCUCCAGCUCGCUGAACGCGUUGCAUCGUCCGGCCUUCUUCCGCUUUCGACGUUACUCGAUCUAUCUAUCCUUUAUGCUCCUCACCCAUCGCGUCUGAAGUCACUCCUCGAAGUCGCAUUCUCUGCUUCUCCCAACUUGCACAUUGAUCUUCCCAACGAGGCCGUACCCGCAUUCACCCAACUCCUCGGUUCCUCUGCGGCAGGCCUCUAUGGCCUACGCAAGACCGCACACUGUCUACUCAGUUUCGCCCGUGUCGCGCCAGCUGAAGCGCGUCUUACGUUUGCGCGGAGUACGCCGUUUAUGACGGCUCUGGCUACCGCAUAUGAUGCAGGCCUCGCUGCCCUCGCACGAUCUUACGGCGGUCUCUCAACAUCUUCCCAGCGCGCCCCAGACGAAUGGGAGCGUCUACUCGUCGAGACGAAGGUCGCGCUGCUGGACACCUUCCAUAUCCUCUUAAAGUCGCUCUUCGAAUCCCUUUCCCUUGCACAUGGCGCACUCCGGACCUCCGCAGCCGCGCGCGCUCUCGACAUGCUACUCACGCUCCAGGAGCUACCCCCGGCACCGUCCGGUUCGGCGCCCAUGCCGUUCCUCAACCGCCCACUUCUAGUCGAUUAUCAAGCGACGCACGAUCUGGCUAAGAUGCUGGAGAAAAGCAUCGCGAGGGCGGAGAGAGCCGAGGAUAACGCCCGCAUCGACGUGCUUGCCGCAUCGCUGAGAGCGAUGAACGACGGAUCAAAGGAGCCCGGAGCGCUCGUGCUUCUUCUCGGCUCGGGCGCUCAGCCGGGAAUCCAUCAUCGUGGACACAAGCCGUCCCCUGCCUCUUCGGCCGCUCCCGUAGCCAGUAGCAGCAAGAAUGCGAGCGAGCUGGACGCGCAGGUCAAGGAGGUAUUGUCGAUUUUGCCGGACACGGACGAGGCAUAUGUCCGCUCUCUACUGUCGCACCCCGACUUUGCUGGUGUAGAGCGUACAGUUGGCGCUCUACUCGAAGGGACUGCGCCGCCUCCUGAACAGCUUACGCUCGCUGCUUCCUCCGCACCCGUGGCCACGCAGGACGAGUUCGAGUUCACGCGCGACAGAGCGAACGUGUUCGAUGCGCAAGAAAUGGAUCUUUCGCGCGUGCACGUAGGAAAGAAGAAGGAUGACGCAUCCGCUCUGCUCGCGGAUCGCAGCUUCGUGUCAAGCAUGAAAGCAGACAUACUUCGGCGCGCCGAAGCUGCAUCGUCUGACGAAGAGGAAGAUGACGAUGACGACGGGCAGGCUGCGCUAGCGGAAGUCUUUGGCCUCCCGGCUCCGUCGAAAAAGAAAGCGAGGAACGUCGCAUUCGAUGAGGAGGAUGAGAUGGGCGGUGCUGUGAAGGUCAUUGGAGAUGGAGAGGAGUCCGACGAGAGCGAUGCGGAAAGAGAGGAAGGCGGCGAGGGCAAGGGCAAGGGCAAGGAGGAUCCGUAUGCACAGUUGGAGCUUGCUUGGCUGGCGAACCCGGGUGUGUUUGAGCGUGAUGCUGUUACACGGAGAGGCAAGGACCGCGCAGCGUUGCGUGCUCAGACCGGGCUCGACGAUGGCCAAAUUGAAGGCUGGUUCGUUAUGCUCGAACGCAACCCGAAGCAAAAAGACCGCAUCAACCAGAAGCACGAGUUCCGCGGCAAUCAACCUUCGCUCCCACCAUCCUCGGCCGAACCGUCUCGCAGCAAUACCCCGACUCGCGGCGGGCGAGGACGCGGCGGAGGCGGUGUUAGAGGAGGCAGGGGUCGUGGCGGAGGUGGAGGUGGAGGACGCGGAGGAGGCCCAGGCGGGGGAGGAGGCGGUGAUGCCCGCGACCGUGCGCGGAAGGACAAGAGGGGCAAUCAAGCGAGGAAGAGGGGCCACGACAAGAAGAUGGCUCGUGCGGGUGGACCGAGCUGA